AAACCAUAAACCCCAUUGCCGUCCGUUCGCGGAAGGAUUCAUCUUCACUGAAACGGAAUGGCUGCACAGGUAGCCGAAACGGUGGCGACGCCGGCAGCCGAGGCGGCACUGGUGGUGGCGAAGCAGUCGCUUCACCGUCUACUGUUCAAGGAGGGCAGCUCCUCCCGAAGCGUCGGCAAGGUGCUCAGCCGGUGGUUGAAGGAUACCAAGCAAUUCAACCAAUGGGAGGUCGGGACGUCGGUCAGGAUACUUCGCAAACGAAAGAAGUUCUCUCUAGCCCUCAAACUUCUUGAAACAGCUUCCAAGAGAGGUAUGGAUUUGACGGCAAGCCAUGAAGCAAUUAAGAUCGAUCUUCUUUCCAAAAUCAAGGGGAUUGUUGUUGCUGAGAAGUAUUUUACUGAUCUUCCUGAACCAUCAAAAAACCAUCAGUCUUAUGGAGCUCUUUUCAACUGUUACUGCAAUGGGAAAAUGACCGAGAAAGCUGAAACCCUUAUGGAGAAAAUGAAGGAGCAGAAGUUUGUCUCUAACCCCUUGGCAUUCAAUAGCUUGAUGGCCCUCUACUCAAAAGGUGGGAAGCCUGAAAAGGUUCCUGCUGUAAUUCAGGAUAUGAAGGCUAACAAGGUCAUGCUAGACGUCUUCUCAUAUAAUGUUUGGAUGAGGAGUCUUGCUGCUUUGGGUGACAUUCCUGGAGUAGAAAAGAUUUUAGAUGAGAUGAAGGGAGAUAACUCUGUUACUGCUGAUUGGACCACCUACAGUAAUAUUGCUUCGAUCUAUGUGAAUGCAGGUUUGAAGGAAAAGGCAGAAGAUGCACUUAAAGAACUUGAGAGUAAAAUGGAUGUGCAUCGUCUUCCUGCUUUUCAUUUUCUGAUGUCAUUGUAUGGCCGAACUGGUAAUUUGACAGAGGUUUACCGUGUUUGGCGUUCUUUAAAAUUGGCAUGCCCUAAGACAGUCAACUUGAACUACUUGAUUAUGAUCCAGACCUUGGUUAAUCUUGGUGACCUUCCUGGUGCUGAGAAAUGUUUCAAAGAGUGGGAAGCUGAUUGCCCAAAAUAUGAUGUAAGAUUGCCUAACGUGCUGAUUGGUGCAUAUGUGAAGGGUGGUGAGAUAGAGAAGGCAGAGGCAAUGCGUGAACAAGCUGUCAGUCGGGGUGCAGUGCUGAACACAACAACAUGGGAAAUUUUCUUUAAUUACUAUUUUGCAACCAAGCAAUUCAACAUUUCUGUUAAGUGCAUGGAGAAUGCAAUCGCUGCAACUGGGAAGAGGGAUAAGAACAAAUGGACGCCGGCUCAAGAAACCGUGGAGUCUAUGAUGACCCAUUUUGAAGAGCAGCGUGAUGUAGAUGGCGCAGAAAAUUUGGUUCAGAUCCUGAAGAAGGCAGGCAGUCUUAAUUCUGCAGUUUACGAGUCACUGAUUAGAACUUACGUUGCAGCUGGGAAAAAGAGUCCAGACAUGCGUCAGAGGCUGGAAACCGACAAUUUGAAAGUGAAUCCAGAGACCGAAAAGAUGCUUCAAUCAAUUUCUACGUAGUGAUCUUUUAUUUUUCUGUGAUGCUGUUUCUCUGCAGGUAAGCUCUUUCAAGUAGCUCCUCACUCCUCAGAUGGGAUGAGGUGAGCUUCUGUUCUGAUCGUCGUGUAAUUUUAAAGAAUUUGUCGGCGUUUGAAUGAUGAGAACAUCUUCUUUA